CAAGACAACACUAUCAUCCCCAUUCCCCUCUAGCUUUAAUUACUAGUCAAAUUCUCUCUCCCUCUGUCCCUCUUACUGCCUUUUUAUAGCUAGAACAAUUUCUGGACAGGGUGUUAAGGGAAAACCAAACCUAGCUAACGAAUAAACAUGGGAAAGGUAGGAGGAAGUUCAUGGUUGAAUGUAGUCAAGAAGGCUUUCAGCUCACCCUCCAAAGAACAUCAACAAGAUGAAGAUGAAAAGAAGAGAGGAAAAAGAAGAUGGAUCUUCCGCAAGCCUCUGUUCCGCGAGACCACUAUACAGCACAAUAAUGAAGAAACUAACAACAUUAUCAACACUAACGCAAUUUCAGAGACGGUUAAUCAUCAUCAUGCAAUGGCGAGAAAUUCAGCAUGCUACAGAAAUACUAACGAAUCAAUGGAAGUAGAGAAGAGAUGUACCAUUGCUGCGGCUUUAGCAACCGCCGCGGCAGCUGAGGCGGCACAAGCGGCUAUGGAAGUCAUAAGGCUCACCACCAACACAAGGAUUCCGAUUUCCGCGAUGCGAAUCAGAGAACAUCUACAUUUCGCGGCGAUUAUGAUUCAGACGGCUUUCAGAGGAUAUCUGGCUAGGAAAGCACUGAAGGCACUGAAGGGACUGGUGAAGUUGCAAGCAUUGGUAAGAGGACACAAUGUUAGAGGGAGAACGAAGAUGACUCUCCAAUGUAUGCAAUCUAUGGUCCGAGUACAGACUCAACUCUGUGAUCAACGCAGUCGGAGACUUUCUUCUUCCUCCGCUACCUUCAAGGAGACCGGAAAUUCAAUUUCAAGAGAUGAAAGCAACAGCGAUAUUUACUCAGAAAUGGAGGAAGAAAUUCCAACAAAAGAAGACUGUCUAAACUGUAAACGCCGGCUGGGAUUUUCGAGUAGUCGAGAACAACUCGAUUCAAGAUUCGAGACAGGAAGAACCUCGUUCGAUCAAACCAACCUGACUAUGAUCAAAACAAUCAGAAUGGACACUUCUCAAUCCCAUAAUUUCUCGCCAUCCCCGUCAAAACAAUCCAAUCGACGCAAUUCCCUAUCGUCCCCUUCCAAAUCGUAUCAUAACAUUGUUGAUCAACAUCCCAAGACAAACAAUUACCCAAAACCCUUGACUCCAACAAGAUCUGUGGUGCAUCCAAAUUACAUGUCCGACACUGCAUCAGCCAAGGCGAAGAUUCGGACACACAGUGCUCCGAGAACUACAAGACCUGUGACGCCGGAAAGAGAGCAUAAUUGGCGUUCGGCUAAGAGAAGGAUGUCUGGACCGGCUCAAGACCAUCAUGUCUAUAAUGAUUAUAGUGAUGAUAUUGAUGAUUCUGAGGUAUUUGUGGCGGAUUAUAAUCAAAGCUUGCCUAGAUCCAGCCAUGUUCGAGUUUGGUUGAGAUAGAAUUAACCUGAAGAUUAUUAUAUUCGUAUGUUUUUCAUUGGCAGUAAAAUGU